CACCAACUGAUUUCCUGCGUAACCAAUCUCCACCGUUUCCUCUUCCUUUCCACAAACUAUAACUUUCCAUUCCACUGCACAGCCCCGACCCCGAGUAAGAAACCAAAUUCCCUUCAAAUCCCGGAAGAAAAUUUACUCCGGUUUUCCUUUACUUUCUCUGUUUGUUCGCCCUUUUCAUCUUUGGAUGAGAAACGUGGCAUGGGCUGGGGAGAGAAUUAAAUGGCUAUGAAGAAGCUGUGUGAUCACCACGAUAGAUAUACAAGAAUUGCAUCUGCAGAAGAAAUUGACGGAAGGAGAGAGCCUUAUGUGCGGAUGAUAUGGAAGAAUUGCCAGGAGCGCUUGGGACGAGUGGAAGCUUGGCUUUGAGAUUGGGACAGGCUAUAUUUGCUGUUGGUUCGUUGCUUUUCAUGUGUUUGGAUGUUGAAUUCUACAGUUACACUGCCUUCUGCUUCUUGGUAACAAUUAUGGGAUUGGUAAUCCCAUGGAGCUUAACUCUGGCUGUGGUGGAUGUGUUCUCGGUUUUCAUUAGACGUCCAUCUCGUCAACGUGGAAUACUUUCAAUUGUCGUCCUCGGAGACUGGGUCCUCUCGUUUCUGUCGCUAGCUGCAUCUUGCUCAACGGCUAGCGUGAGCAGUCUUUUGCUUGCUUCUGAAGGCUUCUGCAUCGGAAAGUUAUGCACCAGAUACCAACUCUCUGCUGCUAUGGCCUUCUUGUCGUGGUUUCUGUCCUUAUCCUCCUCCCUCUUCAAUCUGUGGCUCCUUCCUUCUGUGUAGUCCAUCUAUGUACAAAUCCUGCGAUUAUGCAUAUGUAGAAAUUAAAUGGGAAAUCCCAAUAAGAUUUUGCUGCUUAGACAAUACAAUUGUAGUAUUGUUCGUUGUAGUCUUGCAAGUGUACAUAUAUAAGGAGUUGAUUCCACUCAAAUUUGUAUGUAAUAAGCGAGGCCAUGAUGGUCAUCAUACUUGGCAAAA